CGUCUUUCCAACGACCGUGAAACAAACUAGGAAUGCUUUGUUGUGUCGGAGGAGGUUCGCAGUAGUCCGGGGCUCGGUUACAUCCGCGGGGAUGUGGCGCCCAGCUCCAUGGCGGUCGGGCCGUCCACGUUAUCCGGCUCAGAGACCCAUCUCAGGAUGUCCUGGACACAUGCGUACCUCUUUGGCGUCCUGGCCGUGCUCCUCGCCCUGACCUUGUGGCAAGAAGCAGAGGCUGCAGCCGUGUCCGGACCUCGAGACAGCGCAGCCCCCGGAGACCGGCCAGCUGCUCUGAGGAGGGUCUUCAUGCAGGGCGCGGACGCCUCACAUUUCUUCCGCCGGCGCAGCAGGCGGGCGGUGAAGUCCCAGGUGGAGACGGACGCCGAGCAGAGGCAGGUCCUGGCCGCGGACGAGAGGAGGAGGCAGUUCCACGAGGCCAAGCGGGCGAGGCUGGAGAGCCACGCCGAGGAGGAGGGAGACGAGCAGGACGAGAAGGGCCGGGAGUCCACGGAGCAGUGGAGGGAGUUCCACUACGAUGGCAUGUACCCCUCCCACCAGUACAACCCACAGGCCCCCUAGCCGGCCUGGGACCAGGGGGUCAGCCUACCUGGGACUAGGGGGAGUUCACCUGAGACCAGCGUCUAGCCCAUAUGAGCCCAGGGGGCCAGUCCACCUGGGACCAGCCCUGACCUCAGCAGUGUGAUUCUGAACACAGUCCGCAACACUGGAUAUGUAAAGGUCUCUGCCUGUGCAAUGACACCCUUUGGCCGGUUACACACCUCGUGGUUUCCCAAGCAAAGGGGAAGGAUUGUGUAGAGAAUAAAAAGUAACAAAAAUAA